AUGGAGAUGGCCCAGGAUAACGGCGCCUGGGCGCCUGGGGUCGAUCGCCAGACCUCCUCCUCACCACCAAUGGCGUCCAGCAACCUCCAGGGAGAAGGGGAAGAGGGGACGCCCGCAAAGCCACGGCGCCUCACAGCUUCCCGAUGUGCAGCAACCCAGAACCCCUCUGGACAGAUCGGGCCAUGGCAGCAGCUCCCACAAUCUCAAUGGCAUUUCCCUCCGAUAGUCACUAAAAAGGAUAUCAAGGAGCUGGAGAAUAAGAAAUUGGAAGUGACGUGUAACAUCUACACUCAAGAAGCCCGAAUGCAGAUCCGGCGGGAAAAAUUAGCGGCAGAAAUUGGGAUAGAUCUAGAGAAACUUCCUCCAGUAACAGCACCAGGUCCAUCAAGAGAGCAAGAGAAGGCAGUGAGAAAAACACAGGAAGUAGGCGGAGAAGAGAGCCGGAAGGGGAGGAGCAAAACCGUGCAAUGGAAGGUAAAACAAGAUAAAGAAAUAACGCAAGAGAAAACAAGUAAGAACCAGAGCUGGAGUAGAGGCAAAUACCACGAGAAUGGGAACGGGAGUAAGAGAAAGACGGAAGAAGUCAAGAUACUGACCCAACCGUGGCCCACCUGGGUUGCAGCGGAGAAGACCCUCAUUUCCAGCAGCGCCAACCCGGCCGCAGUGCAGGGAAGAUUGGCCAGUGAGCCCCCGCGGAGUGUGGAGAACGGGAGGCUGAGCGGAGACGUGCGCGGACGGGGAUCGGCGAUCUCGCGAUGUCUGGCGUCCGGCGGGACCUGCAGAUCCACAGACCGCGAAACAAAACUAAUAUUAAAAACAACAGAAGCGAAAGGCAAACAAAGGUGCAGGAAUCCACCAGGAAAACAACUCCAGGUCAACAAUAGACCAGAAGACAACUGGGGAACGAGUGGGGCGAAUCCUGCAGGGGAGACCGAAGCAGACGCAAGGGAGUGGCCAAUACUGAAAAACAAACAAGGAGAAUUGGUAGUAAAAGAGCCACAUGAAUUAAACACCUGGCUGCAAUAUUGCCGGAUUAAAGAGAAAUAUAAAUAAGAUAAAAAAUUAGGUUUUACACAAGGAAAAUAAUUUUGGGACAAAAUUAUGGAAACAGAGAAGAAAUUAAUAACGAAGAUAUACAAGAAAUUAUUAGAAUGGUAUAUGGAACCAAAAGAAGAGAAAAAUUACAUGAAAAGAUGGAACGAAAAUAUACGAAGAAAGAUAAGAAACGAGGAAUGGGAAGAAAUCUGGAAGAGACGACUAAAGUUUGCUUAUGCAUCAGAUUUGAGAGAAAAUUGGGUCAAAAUGUCACAAAGGUGGUAUUUGACCCCGAAAAAAUUGGGAAAAAUAUAUAACAAUACAAGCACGACAGGUUGGAAAUGUAGAAAAAAAAGAAGGUUCGUAUUACCACAUGUGGUGGACUUGUGAUAAAGCAAAAGAAUAUUGGACGAUAAUACAAAAAGAAAUUCAAAAUAUGUUAAAGAUGCAAGUACCACUGGAACCAGAGAUAUUUUUAUUAGGAAUAUACGAUAGGAAUUUGGAAAAAGAUAAAGAUAAAAUUCUAUUCUUAGCCCUAACUGCUGCAAUAAUGUGCUUUGCCAGAAAAUGGAAACAGGAGGAGAUACCAAAAGAGGAAGACUGGAUAAUAAAAAUGUUAGAAAUUAGAAAUCUAGAUAGGCUUACAUUCCUACUAUUGGAAAAUAAAGAAAUAAGAAGAAAAGAAACAGACUGGAAAGAAGUUACCGAAUAUUUAAGAAAAAGAAAAGAAAAGGAAUUGUGAUUUGAAAGGAACAAAUAGAGACCGUAACACAACAAGAAGGGGGAAAGAAGGAAACAAAAAAGUAAAGAAACAAAGAAAUAUUAAAAGAAGACCACAUACAAGACUUUUGAAAGAUACCAGGAAGUCAAGCUUUCUUCUUCUUAUUUUCUCUCUCUCCCUCCCUCUUCUUUUCCCUCUUUUCCCUACUCUCUCAUCUUCUACGAUGAUUUUAUUACACUUGUAUAUUUUUAUGGAAAACUUUAAUAAAGGUUAUUUAAAAAGAAAAAAGAAAAAGGGGGUCGCCACAUAUGUCAAAGAAGGUACAUUAUCCAAACUAGUCUUUAAGGACUGCGAAGGUAGAAUAUUAGGAGUGAUGAUUGAAGUGAACUCCCUUCGAAUUUUAAUCUGCAAUAUAUAUGCGCCCAAUGGGGCCAAAGGAAAAUUUAUUGAAAAACUAAAAUGGUAUAUUAUAGAGCAACAAUACGAUGAGCUAAUAAUAUUGGGUGACUUUAAUGGGGUUCUUAACACAAACCUACGCCAAACGUAAAGCCGAAGGUUUGGUUAUCAAAAAUGGCAACCCUAAGGAAAAUGAAGCUUAGAAUACAGUUUGGAAGAAGCCUUCAAAGGUGUCUAGAAGGCUCCAAGUAUUUUUCUCCCAUUAAGCUGGCCUGACUUGCUCAUUUCGCUUCACGAUGCAUGUUAACGUAAAGGUAAAGGUUUCCCCUUGGCAUUAAGUCUAGUUGUGAGGGCGAUGCUCAUCUCAAUCGCUAAGCCAAAGAGCCAGUG